AUGUCUCUCUUCCCAAGGUUUACUCAGGAGUUUGCUCCCAUGUUCCGUCUCUUUGACGAGUACGACCGUCAGGCUUUCCGCAACCUCGACCGCCAAUUCGAGAGCGUGCGGUCCUUCACUCCCAAGUUCGAUGUCAAGGAGACCAAGGAUGCCUACGAACUUCACGGCGAGCUUCCUGGUGUUGAGCAAAAGGACGUCAACAUCGAGUGGACCGACAACAACACGCUAACCAUUUCUGGCCGCCACGAGCACGUCCGCGAGGAAGGCCAGCGCCCACAGGGCUUCAUCGAGAGUGGCGAAAAGUCGGACCAGAAGAAGCUCGGCCACCAGCCCAAGGUCGAGGAUGAUCCAUCCGAGUCCAACAACAAGGUCGCAAAGCAGUCGCAGGAGAAGGGAGUCACCAAGCACGACGACACGCAAGCCAAGUACUGGGUCAGCGAGCGCUCUGUUGGCGAGUUCCACCGCUCUUUCGCCUUCCCAGCGCGCGUCGACCAGGAUAAUGUCAAGGCCAGCCUCAAGAACGGCAUCCUGAGUAUCGUCGUCCCCAAGGCUCAGGCACCCCAGCCUCGCAAGAUCAACAUCGAGUAG